AUGGCACAUCAUGCAAAGGCUGGCCAUCUGCAGGCCCGGUUAUCGGGCCUCAACAUGGUGGCUAUGGCAUUUGCCAUUCUCAAUACAUGGAUAGCUCUUGCUGGCUCGAUAGGCCUUGUGUUGCCAUCAGGGGGUCCCGUGUCCCUUUUGUAUGGGUUCGUCUUCUGUGUGAUGUGCAACUUCGCCCUCACUGCGAGUCUUGGUGAGCUGGCAGCCAUCUGGCCCACGGCUGGAGGUCAAUAUCACUUUGUAUACGCCCUCUGCUCUACAAAGUGGAAGCGGGUCAUGAGCUUUUGGGUGGGCUGGACCAAUAUUGUUGGCUGGCUGAUUGUCGUCACGGUUCAAGGGUUCUUUGCAGCACUCUUCAUAUGUGCUGCCUCUGUUGUGGCUUCGGACGGGAGGUUCGUUGUAACACAGUGGAACACAUACCUGAUAUUCCUAGCCAUCCUGACAUUUGCCACGGCGGGCAACAUCUGGGGUAACAAGAUCCUCGGUAAAUGGAACGAUCUCGCCCUAUCGUUCCUCCUAUCAAUGUCCGACAAGUCGAGCGCGGAAUACGUCUUUACGUCCUUCAACAACGAGUCUGGGUGGGCUGACGGCAUGUCUUGGAUCCUUGGACUGCUCCAGUCUGCUCUCUCUUUGAUUGGUUUCGACGUGGUUCUGCACAUGACGGAGGAGAUGCCGAACCCCUCGCGCGAUGCUCCGCGGGCCAUGGUGUACGCCAUUGCUGUUGGAGGCGUAACAGGUCUGGCAUUCAUCCUUGUGAUGCUCUUCUGUCUCACCGAUCCGGCCACUGUCCUUGCCUCGCCAACAGGCAUGCCCAUUGUCGAGCUCAUCCUGCAGGCAACAAAGAGUCGUGCUGGCACGUGCGUGUUGACUCUCAUGCUCGGAGUUUGCUUCAUCAAUGGGUGCAACGCAUCCGUCACCAGCGCCAGCCGCUUGCUCUUUGCCAUGGCGCGAGACAAGGGUAUUGUCUUCCCCAAUUACUUCUCCCACAUUACGCCUGGCCUCAACGUCCCUGUGCGAACCAUCCUGCUGUGCUUCGGCUUUAACGUGCUGUUUGGCCUGCUUUACCUCGGCCCCAGCGUUGCGUUUGGUGCCUACAUUGCGUCGUGCACCAUAUUCCUUAACGUCUCGUAUGCGUUCCCCAUCAUCACGCUCUUGGUCAGAGGACGCAGCGUCUUGGCCGAGCAUCAGCAGCACGAUACGCCGUUCCAGCUUGGAUCGUGGGGCCAUGUCAUUAACUGGGUGGCGGCGCUUUUUGUUGUUGUGACCUCCGUGUUUUUCUGUUUCCCUGCCUCUCUGCCCGUAACGAGCGAUACGAUGAACUAUGUGUCAGUCGUUAUCGCCAUCUUCGUCGUCGUCAGUGCGGUGAAUUGGUGGGUGUAUGGACAUCGGUUCGAGGGACCUAAAUUCGAGGUCAUCAUGGGCCAGCACGGAGAUGGGCCACUCAGCAAGGCGGAUUCAGAGCCACGGCUGGAGACGAUUGAGGCCAAGAGGUCGCAUGCCGAGGUGGUUUGA